AGACUUCCAAGUCGCCGAAACGGACAUAAGCUGUCUUUGCUUCCAAGAAGUAACAAGCUAUCCCCAACCAAUCAACAUGUUCAAGCUGGCUGUCUUCGCUGCCAUCCUGGCUGUCGCCGUCGCCUACCCCGGUGGUCUCACCGGCGUAGCCAUCAGCCAUGGUCUCGGCCCGAUCGUCGCCCCGCAGGUCGUUGCUGCUGCUCCAGCGAUCUCCCACGGCGCCGUUCUCCUUGCCCAGCCCAUUGCUCCCGCUGUUCACACUCCCGCUGUUGUCACCAAGACCGUCUUGGCAGGCCACGGUUAUGGUUACGGUCUGCACGGUUAAUUUAGGAGAGCCAGCGUAAACUCACCACCACACACAACCACCGAGUCACGACGACGCAGCCCUGGAAGAA